GUUACCUCUUUGUCUUCAAAACCUCACCAUGCUAGAAGUUAUUGACAUUCAUGAUAAUCAAAUCAAUAGUCCUAUCCCUCCCGAAUUGGGAAAUUUGAAGAGGUUGAUAUACCUAGAUCUCAGUUUCAAUUUGCUUAAUGGCAUGAUCCCUACGACUUUAGCAAAAUUGAAGAACUUGGCACAACUCUAUUUGCAAAGGAACUUCUUCAAUGGAUCAAUUCCUUCAGAAGUAGGAGAGUUGAAAAGUCUCACUCAUCUUGAUUUGAGCCUUAACAAUUUCUGUGGAAAAAUCCCCCAUGAACUUGGGAGUUUGGUCAUGUUAACCUAUCUCAAUCUUCAGAACAAUUCUCUACAAGGUACAGUUCCCGAAUUUCAAAUGCUUUUGAAAUUAAAUUACAUCAAUUUGGCCUACAAUCAUCUCACUGGAAAUAUUCCAAAUAAUCUGGCCCAUGUUCGUUAUGGAUUUUUCCUAGGCAAUGAAGGUUUGAAAGAGAUUGAACUUUCCAAAAGAAUCUCUAGGAAGCUUAUGACUGUAGCUUUAACACCGAAUAUGUCUAGGGAGCUUAUGGCUAUAGUUAUACCACCGAUGGCCAUAGAAUUCAUUUUCUAUUUAGUUCUUUGCUCUUGCUGCAUACUUCGACGUAGAACGAUGAGGAAGCAAUUGGAGACAGUUGAAAAAAAUGGAGAUUUCUUGUCAAUAUGGAAUUAUGAUGGGAGAAUUGCAUAUGAAGACAUAAUCAAUGCAACAGAAGGCUUUGAUAUCAAAUAUUGCAUUGGGACUGGCGGUUAUGGUAGUGUCUAUAAAGCUCAAUUGCCUAAUAAGAAAAUCGUGGCAUUAAAGAAACUUCACCGUUUUGAAGCAGAAGACCCAUCUUUUGAUCAGAGCUUCAAAAAUGAAGUGAAACACUUGACGGAAGUACGGCAUAGAAGCAUAAUUAAGCUCCAUGGUUUCUGCUUACACAGGCAAUGCAUGUUCUUGGUUUAUGAAUACAUGGAAAGGGGGAGUCUAUUUUGUGCUUUGAGAGAUGACGUUGAAGCGGUGGAGCUAGACUGGCCUAAAAGACUCAAUAUUGUUUGGGAUAUGGCACAUGCCUUAUCUUACCUACACCACGAUUGUGCUAAGACAAUUGUUCAUCGAGACAUAUCUAGCAACAACAUUUUGCUUGACAACAAAUUCCAGGCUUUCCUAUCAGAUUUUGGCCUGGCAAGACUCCUAGAACCUAAUUUCUCAUCUAAUCUGACUUCAAAUAUUGUAGGCACUCCUGGAUAUAUAGCACCAGGUGAGCAACAAUCCCUUAUACUUUUCUAGAAUGUUAUAACUAGAGGUACAUACCUAGAUCAAUAUACCUUACCUGCCAUGUGGUAAAUAAAAUUGUGGACAAUUUAUCAUGCUAAC